GGUCACAACCGCCUGUUCUCUCUGACCCUGUCCAUGUACCUCGACCGCGGGGACAUGGGCCCGACGUUGGACUUCAACCAGAACUUGAUCCACCAGCACUUGGGCGCCAACAGCUCGCACUUGAUGCCGCGCAUGAAGACCAUCGAGAUGUACCGCAAGAACGCCAAGAAGCUGAGCGACCCGGCCGUCUUGUUCCAGUACGCGCAGUACAUGCUCCAGACAGCGCUCUUGCUCGACCCCACCUCGGCGUCGGUGUCCUCCAGCGACGCGUCUCGCGCGUCCGCCGCCACCGCGCCGGCAACCCCGCUCACCGACACCCGGCUGCACUUGCGCUCGGCGCUGUCGCUCUCGCUCGACCAGAGCGUGUCGCCAGACCCGGACUUGCGCGCCUCGCUCCUCAAGGAGGCCUUCCGCUACCUCCGGCGCCUCUCCGACAAGGGCUACGUCGAGGCGCAGUACUUCCUUGGCGACGCCUACAGCUCCGGCGCGUUCGGCAAGAUCGACAACAAGGAGGCGUUCAGCCUCUUCCUCUCUGCGGCCAAGCGCGGCCACACCGAGUGCGCGUUCCGUACGGCCCACUGCUACGAGGAGGGCAUGGGCACGGGGCGCGAUGCCCGCAAGGGCGUCGAGUUCUUGAAGCUGGCCGCGUCCAAAAACCACCCCGCCGCCAUGUACAAGCUCGGCAUCUACUUUCUCUACGCACGCAUGGGCAUCAGCGACAGCCCCGUCAACAAGAAGUUGGGCAUCAAGUGGCUCGAGCGUGCGCUGGGUGUGGCGACGGAGUUGACCUCGGCGGCGCCCUACGAGCUCGGCAAGCUCUACCAGACUGGCUACUCCGACAUUUUGAUCAAGGACGAAAAGUAUGCGUUGGAGUUGUUUUCACAAGCGGCCGCACUUGGCCACGUGGAGGCUUCUGCCAUCUUGGGCCACAACUACGAGGUGGGCACCAUUUUGGCCUCCGACCCGAACUUGUCCAUCCACUACUAUACGAAAGCUGCGUUGGGCGGCCACGCUCAGUCGAUGCUCGCCAUGUGCGCGUGGUACAUGGUCGGCUCCGAGCCCCACUUCCCGAAGGACGAGCAGGAAGCGUUCGAGUGGGCCAAGAGAGCGGCUUCGUGCGGACACGCCAAGGCGCAGUUCGUGGUGGCCAAUUUCCUCGAUAAGGGCAUUGGUUGCGAAAGAAACACCGCCGAGGCUCAGGUGUGGUAUAUCAAGGCUGCCGAAAACGGUCAGCAGAGGGCUCUCGGCAGGGUGCAAGAUCCCAAGAUGGUGGCGGCCAUCACCAAGAAGUUGAAGAAA